AUAGUGUCGGCGUUCAGCACGCGGCAUAUCCUCACUUGGUUCCAGCACCAUGCCCAGCAGGUUACUUUCCAUGCAACAGCUCGGACGUCUGCGUUGAGAGGAGGAUGAACUGUGAUUCGAAAAUGGACUGUCCAGAUAAUUCUGACGAAUGGUCAUGUGAGGAUCAUAUUCGAAAGAACUAUUAUGAUCAGUUGUUCAAGAAGCGGCCUGAUGCUGACCGAGAAAAGAAUAUGUCGGGCUGUGAAUUACGAGCGACUCCAGAACAAUGUCGUUGUUCCAAGAAAAGUCUCUUCUGUAAUCACAGGGGGCUUAGACAAGUUCCUCUGCUCUUGCCACAGAACGUGCAAGAACUGGAUUUAUCUGGAAAUAAAUUUCAUAUUUUACAGAAGACAGAUUUUCCAGAACUUCGUAACCUGGAUACACUUAUCUUGACAUCGUCCGAAGUGACCCUUCUGAAAGCGGAUGCAUUGGGAAACCUCAUGUACCUGAAACAGCUGUACCUAACUAACAACAGAAUAACGGCCAUUGCCAACGGGACAUUCUGGAGCAAUACUAACAUGAAGCUUCUGGUUCUGUCUCACAAUCCCUUGACUGUUUUGUCGCCCGGUGCUUUCCUUGGAUUGUAUAAUUUGGAAGAGUUAGAUCUCCGCAAUUGUGGACUUCGAAGUCUGCCUCCUACUUUAUUUGAUGACCUGUCGAAGCUCAAAGUUUUAUGGCUUGAAGGAAACCAGCUGGAUAUACUUCCUGAUUAUAUAUUCCAGAACUUAAAUAAGCUGGAGGUCAUGUCUCUAUCAAGAAACGAACUAACCACUGUCAAUUCAUUUAUUUUCUACGGGUUAGAAAACCUGAAAAGUCUAGCUAUUUCGGCGAAUCGACUGGCAUAUCUAGAUGCAUAUUCUUUUGGAAAUAUCUCUUCUUUAUUGAAACUGGACAUGCACGGAAAUGGAAUUCGAGAUAUAGACAGAAAAACAUUCUCCCUGAUGCUAAAACUCGAAUCAUUGAAUUUGAAAAAGAACCCUCUAAAGGGAUUGAAGCCUGGAACUUUCGAUGAUCUCGUUCAACUGAAACAUAUCUACUUCGACGAUUUCCAUCUUUGCUCUUUGGCUCUACAUGUUCGAGUGUGCGAACCACGUGGAGAUGGUAUCAGUAGCAUUGCGCAUCUCUUAGACAGUCUCGUACUGCGCAUCAGCGUCUGGUUAGUGGCUGUGGUUGCUGGACUGGGCAACGUGGCUGUCCUAGUGGGUCGUUUUCUUUUCGCCGAGCCAAACGAAGUCCAUUCCUUCUACAUAAAGAACUUGUCACUUGCAGACUUGCUCAUGUCCGUUUACUUGUUCGUUAUCGCAGCCUAUGACGUCGUUUUUCGAGGCCAUUACAUUCAUCACGAAACAAGAUGGAGGCACAGUUGGCAGUGCAACUUAUGUGGUUUCCUUUCCACCCUCAGCAGUGAAUCAUCAGUGCUUAUUCUCACCAUCAUCACAAUGGACAGGUACACAUCAAUUCUAUAUCCAUUGUCCUUGAAGCGAAGAACUGUUGCAUCUGCUUCGAUAGCUAUGGCCGCAGUCUGGACUGUUGCAAUUUUGCUGUCAGCCUUACCGUUGCUUAAUAUUGACUACUACGGCGAUGAAUUUUACGGUAAUAAUGGUGUAUGUCUGCCACUACAAAUACACGAUCCGUUUGGCCAAGCAUGGGAAUAUUCUACAUUUUUAUUCUGCGGCUUGAAUAUGGCAGCUUUUCUGUUCAUCUUUUUUGCCUACAUCUCCAUGUUCUUCACCAUUUCCCACUCCAAGAUAGGAUUACGGUCUACUCAACAGCUGCAAGACCGUACUAUUGCCAAGAGGUUCGCCUUCAUCGUGGGCACCGAUUUUCUCUGUUGGGUUCCUAUAGUUCUCAUCAAAUUCAUAGCCAUGGGUGGUGUGGAAAUCCAAAAGGAUCUUUAUGCAUGGGUGGCUGUGUUUCUACUUCCUGUCAAUUCUGCCCUCAAUCCAGUGUUAUAUACUCUGACGACCAAACUUUUCAAGCAACAUCUUGCCAAAAUUGUGUAUAGCUGCAGAACUACAGCACAUGCAGCGAAUGACAGCUCGGGAAUAUCACUCAAUUCCAUCCUGCAUCAUCGUAAUAGCUCCAAAAGGACUUUGGUGACUACAUUUUCAGAGAGAGACAACAAUUCCUUGAACAGAACAUCUUUGCUCGUUCCAGACAGCCCCGGAAGAGUACGAAUAUGUUCUUCGGCCAAGAAGAGGAAAGAAAUUCCCUCGUAUAUUCGCGAAGACAUGAUAUAAAGAGACUUUUCCGUCAUAUCUCAGGCUGAAGAGUGUGGAAAAACGUUUCUACAAUAAGUGCAGGAAAUUCUCUUUUUAUUCUUUGUUCGUCGAUAUGUUUGUUUCCUAUCAUCUGACAGAACAAUUUUGCCAUUUACAUCUGAGUGUAUAAUGCAUGUGUGCAGUAUUUUGUUGACAUUUAAGUACGUAUGAGUCGAAUGUAUUUUGCAAGUGCUAGUGAAUUAUUAGACUUUCCAGGAAAAGCAUUUGUCCAAAUAUAUUUGUUUGUGCUUAUACAUCUUUUCUCGGUGGUGCCAUGUUUCCGUAGUUAAGGAAUGAGGAAAAUGUUCGGCCUAAAUUGUGUUGAUAUGAACCAUAUAAAAUUCUGAGAAAUGCUGGAUUUAAACGCUACAAUAUAUUUCUAUGUUUUAGGCUAUGGAUAAAAUGAUGGAAAAGUCUACGAAGUUACCACAAUGGAGUUACGUUAAAUUCUCCAUUGUGCUGAUUGUAGAACAAAUGAUUUCUUGUAUCGGGAGUCUUUUACUCUUUAAUUCCUAUUUGCGCAACAUUAUUUAUAAAACAACUCAAAUAUCAAUUAUAAUUCAAUAAUUUGUUAAUGUACUAUAGGAAUUAUGCUAUUUUAUUCAGCAUUUUCUCAGGGACUGCAAAUAAAGUAGUUAAAAAUAAUUAAAAACUUAAAGAAAAAAUAAAGAAGACUCUAUUAAAAUAUUUAAAGAUUUAAAGACAAAAUAAAGAAGACUUCCUUAAAAUAUUUAAAGACUUGA